AUGCAUAAAUUUAAACCUUCCAUUAAACGUCUAUCGUAUUUGAAUGCAUUUAGUAAAAAACGUAAAGAUUUCAAAAGAGGUAAUCUUACAUUGAUAUUAGAUCAAGAAUUGGAUAGUAUUUGUGAUAACACUAGAAAGGAUGAAGAGGAUGAUGAUGAUGAUGAUGCCUGUGAUAACAAUGAACAUAGAGAAAGUUUUAAACAAUUCAAUGAACAAAAUGUCUAUGAAGAGUUACCACGUUUAGAUACAUUGAAACUAUCAUCAAAUAAUUCAUAUUCAAAUGGUGUACGAGAUGUAUUAACUACAUCGAAUUAUAAUGAUGAUUACUUUCAUAAAAAUAUUCAACAAAAUAAAUUUAAUCAUACCGGAAAUAAUGUCAAUGACAGAAAAGUCACCACUGUCAAGAUUGAUCGUCAUCGAUCGGAUGUUCAACAAUCGGACUUUGUAUAUCAUCCGAAUAAUAAUCCAUUUAAAAUUCAUUCAAAGUAUACCAAUGAUUUGAAAAACAAUUCGAUUUCAUAUCAUCCCACCAAUGCUGAACAUACUCCAACUGGCAGUACAGAAACAUUGAUUGAUUCAACAAGAAAAUUGACAUCGACUGCCAGUAUCAAUUAUUUGGAUGAACAAAACACCAACAAACUGCCGAGUACAGGUUAUGUAAAAACAACGGUACAAUGUACAAAUUCUUAUCCUAAUCAAAUAAUUGAUACAAAUAAAACUAGUUGGAAAACAGUGUCAAUUGAUCAAUCAACAAAAUACAAUGCUCAAGAUAUGAAUAUUAACAAUAGUAAUAAUAAUAUUAAUAAUAGUAUUAACAAUGAGUAUAAGGUGAAUCCGCGAAAUCCUCGAAUUAUUUAUAUAUCUAAAUCGAAUCCAGUUAGUAAUGAGAAUCCAACUAAAUUAUCAACUAAUCAGAAUAAGAUUGUCUCUGCUUCCCAAUUCACUCAUUCUAGUACAGUAGUGGAUGGUGGAGGCUAUUCACCGUAUGGCUAUGAAUCUGAUCAAACAAACAUGAAUCAAUUCAAACAUACUAAUCAGACUGUUCGUAAAACAAAUAUAGUUACUAUUGAAUAUGAAAAUAUUAAUAAUGAUAAUAAUAAUAAUAAUCAAUCGAUCAAUAAACCAUAA